UCCACCACCACUCCCUCGGGAAGCGAUCCCCUUUCUCGUAAGCCCGACAUCCAUUAUAAACCAGUAAAGUUGGGAUUUUUCUGUAAUUCUUCAUAAUUUGUGAGUUCCUCAGGGAAAUUUGUCCCCACUUUGAUUCUCUCCCUCCUUACUCCUUCCCCGCUUUUAUUUUUCUUGCUCGUCUGUAAUUUCUGAGAAAAUUCCACGGUGCCCAGAAAAAGAGAGUAGAAGAAGAAGCAGGGACAGCACAGCAAAAGCAAAAGCAGAAGCAGAAAAGAGCUCUCUCUCUCCCCCCCUCCCAUCUCUCUUUCUCUUUCUCCUUCCCAAUCUCUUAUUCUGCGUCUUUUCUGAACGAAAGCUCCUGUUAACGGCACCCCACCAGUGCCACUACCUCCGUCCCUUCGUUUUCUAACGUUGUUGCUUCCGAGAAGCCAAGCCUUCUCUUUUGAGGAAGAAGGAAAAAAGCACUCUUUCUCAUUUCUCUUGUACUUUGAAAGUCCUAUCUUGGAGGCUUCUUCUUCUUUGUUCGUUGGUCAUGGUGUUUGUAUAGCCCUCUGUUUCCGUUGUUUCUGUACAAUGUCGGCAUCGGCGAAGGUUCGGUUGGUUCGCUGUCCCAAGUGCGAUAAUCUCCUUCCCGAGCUUGCUGAUUACUCUCUUUAUCAAUGCGGUGGCUGUGGUGCCGUUCUUCGAGCUAAGCAUAAAGGUAAUGAAAGUGGUAGCUUGUUGGAGAAAUCUGAUGAGGGAAAGAUUGUAGGAGAAUCUGCGAAAUCAGAAAAUUCUUCAGAUGUUGAUGUUAAGUCCAAUAGUGACUCACCAAGGCAUAUUAACCCAAAGGAUUCAGACAAAGAGAAUAAUAACGGACAUGAGAGAUUGCCGAGUCAAUCCAAGGAUUCCGUUGAGAAGGGAGACUCAGAGAAUGGUCUUGACAUGAACAGGAAAAAAGAUGUAGCAGGUAAAGCAACAGGAAGAGAACAAGAAGAAUCUCAGCCUCAUAACACGGAUUCUGAAACCCGGUCCAAAUUUUCUGGGAGAAUGUCUGAUUGGCAAAAUGGGGAGAGAUGGAGAAACGAGGGGUUUUGGAGAAAGCUGAGAACUGAUGUUGAAGGAGCGAGAUUUUCCACUACAAACUAUCCAGACGAGGGCACUUCAAACAAUUAUUCCAGUUUCUCCUAUGGGGAACAAUGGAGGAACCAGAAGGACAUGAACGCCAUGGACACAGUUCAGCACCUUGAGCAAGAUCGAGCUGAGCUUCUCAAGAAACUGGAUGAGCUCAAAGAUCAGCUUACUCAAUCUUGCGAAGUUUCUAACAACCCAAAAGAGAAGGCUGGAGUAGAUGGAAGGAUGGUUCCUCCAGAUCCUUAUGUUGGCUCUGACGCUUGGCUUCCUGAUGCUGCAUCUGGGUUAAACAGAACUUCAGGGCAAUUUCUCCGACCCGAUAAACACAACACGGCUGGCCCUUCUUAUAUCAACUACCAUCAUGAUCCAUUUGCUUACCCAAAUGGCCAAGACAUGAUGGGAAUGCCCAACUUCCAUCCUUCGAUGCAUAAUCCAAAUCACAUUUUUGGAUAUGGGGAUCCUUAUGCCUCUCAAAUGCUGAGAAGAGGUCCGCAUAAUUUGUCCCAUCAGUUCCCACAACCACCAUUGCAUCCGCACUUCCCCAAACGUUAUGUGGAUCCCAGUCCUGAUUCAUAUGAUCCAUAUAUGCAUAACACAACACUUCACCCGCCUUCUUGCUCCUGUUUUCGUUGCUAUGAGAACCAACGAAGAGCUUCAGCACCAGUGCCACCGGCUGCAUUUAUCAAUAACAGAUACCCUGAUAACAUGAAUGAUCCUAUGUUAUACCGUCAUGAGAUCUUGGGCACAUAUGGUCCACAUGUUCAUAAUUCCAGAUCUACCAUUCCUCCCGUGAGUUUCCCUGAGGCACAGUCACACUCAAGAUGGGCCAGUGAUUUAAACCCUGAAAUGGCUCCCCGAAGUCGGCCUCGAAAAGUAAUGUUAGCUACUGCUAGCAGGCGUUGCCACCCUAUAGCUGGUGGUUCUCCAUUCAUCACAUGUUAUAAUUGCUUUGAGCUUCUGCAGCUGCCUAAGAAAGUGUUGGUGAAAAAUCAUCAGCAGAAGGUGCAAUGUGGAGCAUGCUCUUCUGAAAUCAGCUUUGCCGUCAUCAAUAAGAAACUAGUAAUUUCUCCCCAUUCAGAAGUGAAAGGACUCCCUCCUAGGGUUGAUGAUAGCAUGAAUGUGGUCGCAAGUAGCCGCAUGUCGCAUUCUCACGGUGCUAACUUCUCAUCUGAUGAUUAUUCUGGUUAUGAUUUUCACUCGGUGGAUAGAGAACCUGUUUCUUCUUUGCCUGGAGACCCCAGCUUGAACUCUAGCAAGUCUCAAGAGAUGCACAGUUACCAUUCUUCAUCUCCGAGUACCUCUGAGGAUGAAAAUAGUCCUGAGGCUGCUAUUGCUUCGAGAGAGAUCGCCAAGUCCAUUCAACAGCCAACUAAAACCUCAUUGUCUCCCCCACCUGCUGGCUCACCUCUUCAAGAGUAUUUUGAUUAUUCCAGUAAUAAUAAUAAUGCAGUGAACCGGUUUGGAAAAGGAAACCGAAGUAGUCGCUCAGAACAGGAGAGGGUGAAAUCAGACAAGACUACACUGCGACAAAAUUCUUUGAAAGAAGGAGCAACUGCGACUGAGAUGGACGUCCAUGAUUAUUCCAACACUGGGGUGUCCCAGGACUCAGGUGAUGCAAGCCAAGAGCAUGGUCAUUCAAGAUCUAAGAAGGGAGGUGACUCAUUUUUCACAAACAUCAAGAAAAGCCUCCGGGAUUUCUCCAAAUCUAAUCAAACAGAUAAGCGCAGCAGCAGCAAUGUUACUGUAAAUGGGCACCCUAUACCUGAUCGUGUGAUUAAGAAGGCCGAAAAGCUUGCUGGACCAAUCCAGCCUGGAAACUAUUGGUACGAUAUCCAUGCUGGAUUUUGGGGUGUUAUGGGCGGUCCUUGUCUUGGAAUAAUUAUGCCAUCUAUUGAAGAAUUCAAUUAUCCUAUGCCAGAAAAUUGUUCCGGCGGAACAACUGGCGUUUUCGUGAACGGUAGGGAACUUCACCAGAAAGAUUUGGAUUUGCUUGCUGGCAGAGGACUUCCUCUUGCCAGAGAUCGAUCUUACAUCAUCGACAUCUCCGGAAGAAUCCAUGAUGAAGACACCGGCGAAGAGCUAGACGGCCUCGGAAAACUUGCACCAACGGUGGAGAAAGUGAAGCAUGGAUUUGGCAUGAAACUGCCCAGAUCCAAUGCGUAAUGCAAGUGCAGGGGCAAAUAAUUGUAUUUAUAAUGCUCAUGGAGAAAUUUUUUUCUCCAUGUUUGUACUGGUUUGUGGAAACAAUUUUGCAUGAGCUGUGCUUGAGAUGACUGUGCAUGCAUGGCUUGCUCUUAGAACGGAGAUGUAAAAUUUGUAAAUUUAUGAUUUUUAUAUUGCCAAGAAGAGUAGGAAAAAACUUAUCUGAAAGUUUUGGGGUUGAUUUUAUCGGGCAGCUUUAUGAAAACGGAAAAACAACUGUGCUGGGUCUUGUAAUUGUAAUUGGAUCUAUAAAAAAAAUUUGUAAAUCAAUUUGAUCAUCAUUUUU